AUCUAUGUUGCUGCUGGCAGAAUACGUGUAUAAAAUUUAAACUAGCUGGUAUCCGUGGUGCAACUAUGUUCUCCCCAUUUGAAUCUAAGAUGCCACUGAAUCUAUGGAGCUGUACUUUUUUUAAAGCUGUUCAUUUUGUUUCAAACAACUAAAUCCAUUAUAUUUAUACAGAGCAUUGGUUGAACUCCUCCAGUCUGGUUGCUCUAUGUAGAUGUUUCUUUGCCCACCUGCUGUUUAUUGCACUUGUUAACCAUUAGCCCCAACUCCUCUCCCACACACCAAACCAACCAAAAAAUUAACAGCUGUCCAAAGGUGCUGCCCAACCUUAAGACUGCAAUCAGCUCUGAGUAAAUAUCUCCUUUUACACCUAAAGCUUGUAAAAUCGCUAUUAAGACUCAACUAUAUUCAUGAGUACAGCUUCACCAAUGCGUCGAUGGAAAGCUCUGGCAACCCAACAUUUACGAUGGUCCAGCCCUGUUGCCAAAGGACUAGUCUUAUGUAUCAUAACGUUCGGCUUCGUUCUGCCGUUGUGCUGCCACAAGCUACUUUACUCUUAUUACUACAUCAAAUCUGUGUAUCUGAAUGACAUGAGUGACAAGUUUUUAGCAGAGAGCUAUGAAAGAGGGGAAGAGGCUUUUGGUUUCUGGAAGGCGUCGCGGUCUACUGCCAUGUCACCUGAGUUCGCCAACAUUGCCAAGGGAUCGGAACUGUUGAUCACCAUAGUGACUGCCAGGCGUACAGAAGGCAGAGAAUUCCACUACCUGCUUCAGGUGAUGCAGAGGCUGGAGAUCCUUCUGACGGGGUGCGGUGAGGGCCGGCGGUGUGCUGAAGUGCUGGUGUGUGACGUGGAAAGCGGAACCAUGGAAAACGAGGAUGCAGCACUGCUGGAGAGCCGAUUCCGGGUGGUGCGGAGGACCACCGAGGAGCAGCGGGGAAACCAGGCUCAGGUCAACAUCUUUGAGAAGGAGAAGCAAGACUACGUCUACUGCCUGCGCAAAGGAUGGGAGCUUGCGAGGCCCAAAAACGUGGUGGUCCUCGAGGAUGACGCACUACCCAGUGCCGACUUCUUCACCGUCAUCCGUGAUUUGCUCUCACGGCGUUUUGCCCUCCAUAGCCUCUACGUCAAGCUCUACCACCCUGAAAGGCUGCAGCGCUACUGGAACCCAGAACCCUACCGCAUCUUGGAAUGGGUGGGGCUUGGACUAGUUGGGGCCUCUGCCCUUCUCCUAGUGCUGUCAUACCGUACUGCCUUUACCUCCGUCUCCGCCACCCACUUCCUCUUUUUCACUUUGUAUAUCAUGGUCGCUGUGGAGCUGGCAGGUCGGCACUACCUCCUGGAGGUGCGGCGCCUGUCACCGCAGCUCUACGCCGUAUCCCCAGCUACUGAGUGCUGCACCCCCGCAAUGCUGUUUCCAGGUAAUUCGUCACUCAGGGUGGCAGAGUACCUGGACGGUUCGUUCUGCGUUAAGGGCAACGCAAAGGAUAUGGUUCUGUAUCAGAUGGCUCGGACUAUAUCUGGGGAGUGGGCGCACAGCCUAGAGCCCAACCUGGUGUCCCAUAUCGGGGCUUUCUCGUCGGUCAGGCCCAACCCUUUGAGGCCCAAACUUCUUUGAGAAAAUAAUCCCAAAAGAUUUGAGGCUGCUUUCCAGAAGGUGUCCUACUCCCUACAUACAUUACUAUAGAGCUUCUUUUGAACUCCAGUAUAGCUCUAGUCAAUUGUUGUGCAUGCUGAGAAUGUAGGUAGGAGACAAUUCCACUCCCUGCCCCCAGCAAGUAAGCUGACUUGCCUUAAAUAAAAUGGAAUUCAACUCUACAUCAGAAAUAUUACUUAAUAUCACCUAAUAGUGCCAGUUCAACACUUCAUUGCAUGGCACUAGGCUAGUGUCUCCCAAAUCUAACCUAUUCACCAAUGGUGCCUGUAAUGUUAGACCUCUCCAGCCUACUGUAAGAAUUGACCCAUGAUAAUUGACCUGUUUUAUCCAUCUAGAAUCAGUCUAGUUUUCUUAUGGAGGAAAUGGGUGCAACUCACAUUGGGUAAACUUUAGAGCUGGGUGAAAAUCUGUAUAGCAAUACAAUCCCUGAAUGGAUAUCAUAAAACACAGUAAAUGCAACCAUAUUUUUUUUACAUACAUAUAACAAUGUUUUUUUUGUAUUGCCCUACAAAGGACACUUUCAAAUCACAAUUGUUAAAGGGGACAGGCAAAUGUGUGUAUAUUAAAUCAUAAAAUGUAUCAAUAAUGAUUCAUAGAAUAUUGUGGUAUUUUUGGACUAUCAUUACACUUGCAGCCAGUACUUUCUGGUGAAGAUGAUAUUUUCUAGCCACAGAACGCCAAGAUUGACAAUCAUUUUUGUUAUUCAAUGAUGGCUUUACUAAAUGUUGUGCAAAAUAAUAGAAAAUAUGUAGCUCCAGCUCAUAGCUGGAGCAAAUUUAAAAUCUGAACAUGUUCACUAUAACCUUAAAUGAAAUCAUUACCAAUCAUUCCAAGUUGAUAUGUUGUCAUGGCUGAAAUCAAGGAUACCAAUUCUACUGUCAAAUUGUGGAGAUGAAUUGUGGAAAUGAUGCAUUUAGCAGUUACAGUGAAACCUUGGCCUGUUUCCUUUAGUGUCAAGUAAAACAGCAAGUUGCAAGACAAACUGGAGAAGAUUUGAGAAAAUAAUGAUCCAUACUAGCAAGUUAUUUCAAAUGUCUCUAAUUUUUGCUACUUCAUCACCUACAGUAAGUGCCUGCAAUAAGUGGUUGGUAUGGUUGGUGUAAAAUUAAGAUUAGUGUGUUACAAUUCACUGCAUAUACACUGCCAUUCAAUAGUUUAGGGUCACUUAGAAAUCUCCUUGUUUUCAAAAGAAAGCAAUUUUUUUUGUCCAUUUAAAUAACAUUAAAUUGGUCACAAAUACAAUGUAGACGUUGUUAAUGUUGUAAAUGAGUAUUGUAGCUAGAAACGACUGAUUUUCAGUAGAAUAUCUACAUUAUCAGCAACCAUCAGUCUUAUGUUCCAAUGGCCAGAAACAAAGAACUUCUGAAAUUCAUCAGUCUAUUUUUGUUUGGAGAAGUUAAGGCUAUUCCAUUUGAGAAAUUGCCAAGACAGUGAAGACUUCAUGCAACAAUGUGUACUACCUUGACAGAAUGGCGCAAACUGGCACCAACCAGAAUAGAAAGAGUGGGAGGGCAGGUGCACAACUGAGCAAGAGGACAAAUCCUUUAGAGGGUCUAGUUUGAGAAACAGACACCUCACAGGUCCUCAACUGGGGGCUUGUGAAAUAGUACCCGCAAAACACCAGUUUCAGCGUCAGCCAUGAAUAGGCGACUCUGGGAUGCUGGGCAUCUAGACAGAGUUCUUCCUUCAGUGUCUGUUCUUUUGCCCAUCUUAAUCUUUUUUUUUUGGGGUCACUGAGAUAUGGCUUUUUCUUUGCAACUCUGCCUAGAAGGCCAGCAUCCCGGAGUCACCUCUUCACUGUUGACUCAGUAGUAGUAAGUCUACUCAAAUAAUUAAUUAUUGGCAGAAGUCAGUGCUGGAACGACUAUAAUAUAAAUACCAAAACGGAUUGUCAUUGUUGUUUUUUUUAACUUGGGCUACUGAUGACUAUAGGGAUAACAAUGUUAAUAGGGUUGAACUUUUUGAACACUGGACAAUGGAAAUAUUGCUUCAUUGCAAAUGUUUGAAAUAUAUUCACAUAUCUUGAUGAAAUACAACACAUUUUAAAGGCUUUAACUGAUACUGUGAUACUGUGUGCAUACCUACUGUUGUAAAUGAAAGCCCACAAGAAUCAUAGGAAUUACAAUUGUGUGAGAUUUGGUUUACAUGCUCUUUCUAAUUACCUAUAUUGUGUUUACUUAAGUCACUGUAUAACUGUGUGCUUUUUAUCACUUGCUGUUUUUUUGUACAUUUAUUUUUCUGAUAUUUACAAUUCCAUUAAAGGAAUACAUCAUUCAAAACAAUUUUCACCAGUACUUCAAUUGUACAGAAUUGCUGCCUGUUUUACUUUCUCAGGAUCAAAUUAUACUGACUUGGAAGUCGGUCUGGAUAAAUGUAUCUGCUACAUUUCUGAAAUGUAAAAUAAUUAAAAUAAUGUAAAUGCGGGUCAGAAGAUUGUGCAUUUAUUUUGUAGCCUAUUUUCUACUCGGGAACUUUACGAUGCCACCUACCUAGAGUAGGCUUUUGUCAACAGAAUCAAGGGUUUGAUGCACAUUUUUAGGAUCUUAUAUUUGUAAAACCUGUCUGGCAAUUCAAUAUAUGUAAUUAAAAGUAAUUUAAUCAUG